GCCAGCGGAGCGGCGCGGAGAGUGAGCGGGCGGGCGGGCGGAUAGGCGCGGGCGCCGCCUUCGGGGCUCCUCUCCGCGCGCCGGGGCCGCUCGGGCGGGCGCCGGGGCCAUGGCGCUGCGCGCGCGGGCUCUGUACGACUUCAGGUCGGAGAACCCGGGCGAGAUCUCGCUGCGGGAGCACGAGGUGCUGAGCCUGUGCAGCGAGCGGGACAUCGAGGGCUGGCUGGAGGGCGUCAACAGCCGCGGCGACCGCGGCCUCUUCCCGGCCUCCUACGUGCAGGUGAUCCGCGCGCCCGAGCCCGGCCCGGCGGUCGACGGCCCGGCCCGCUACGCCAACGUGCCGCCCGGCGGCUUCGAGCCGCUGCCCGCCGCGCCGCCCGUCGCCUUCCAGCCGCCGCCGCCGAGCACCUUCCAGCCGCCGCCGCCGAGCACCUUCCAGCCGCUGGGCGCGGGCCUCGCGUUCGGCGCGGGCGCCCUGCCGCCGCCGCCGCCGCAGCAGCUGUACGGCGGCGGCUACCAGGCCAGCCAGGGCAGCGACGAUGACUGGGACGACGAGUGGGACGACAGCUCCACGGUGGCGGACGAGCCGGGCGUGCUGGGCGGCGGCGCGCACCCGGACCUCGACGGGCCGGCGGCGGCGGCGGCGGGGGGCGUGGGCGCGGCGGGCCGCUACCGCCUGUCCACGCGCUCCGACGUGUCGCUGGGCUCCCGCGGCGGCGCGGCGCCCCCGCAGCACCACGCGUCGGGGGCCAAGAGCUCGGCCACCGUGAGCCGCAACCUCAACCGCUUCUCCACCUUCGUCAAGUCGGGCGGCGAGGCCUUCGUGCUGGGCGAGGCGUCGGGCUUCGUGAAGGACGGCGACAAGCUGUGCGUGGUGCUGGGGCCGUACGGCCCCGAGUGGCAGGAGAACCCCUACCCCUUCCAGUGCACCAUCGACGACCCCACCAAGCAGACCAAGUUCAAGGGCAUGAAGAGCUACAUCUCCUACAAGCUGGUGCCCACGCACACGCAGGUGCCGGUGCACCGGCGCUACAAGCACUUCGACUGGCUGUACGCGCGCCUGGCCGAGAAGUUCCCCGUCAUCUCGGUGCCCCACCUGCCCGAGAAGCAGGCCACCGGCCGCUUCGAGGAGGACUUCAUCUCCAAGCGCAGGAAGGGCCUGAUCUGGUGGAUGAACCACAUGGCCAGCCACCCGGUGCUGGCGCAGUGCGACGUCUUCCAGCACUUCCUGACCUGCCCCAGCAGCACCGACGAGAAGGCCUGGAAGCAGGGCAAGAGGAAGGCCGAGAAGGAUGAAAUGGUGGGCGCCAACUUCUUCCUGACCCUGAGCACGCCCCCCGCCGCCGCCCUCGACCUGCAGGAGGUGGAGAGCAAGAUCGACGGCUUCAAGUGCUUCACCAAGAAGAUGGACGACAGCGCGCUGCAGCUCAACCACACGGCCAAUGAGUUCGCGCGCAAACAGGUGACGGGCUUCAAGAAGGAGUAUCAGAAGGUGGGCCAGUCCUUCCGUGGCCUCAGCCAGGCCUUUGAGCUGGACCAGCAGGCCUUCUCGGCCGGCCUGAACCAGGCUAUCGCCUUCACCGGAGAUGCCUACGAUGCCAUCGGCGAGCUCUUCGCCGAGCAGCCCAGGCAGGACCUGGACCCCGUCAUGGACCUGUUAGCGCUGUACCAGGGGCACCUGGCCAACUUCCCCGACAUCAUCCACGUUCAGAAAGGAGCUCUUACCAAAGUAAAGGAGAGUAGGCGACACGUGGAGGAAGGGAAGAUGGAGGUCCAAAAGGCUGAUGGCAUUCAGGAUCGCUGUAACACUAUUUCUUUUGCCACUUUGGCUGAAAUUCACCACUUCCAUCAAAUUCGCGUAAGAGACUUUAAAUCACAGAUGCAGCAUUUCUUACAACAACAAAUAAUAUUUUUCCAAAAAGUGACGCAGAAGUUGGAAGAGGCUCUUCACAAAUAUGAUAGUGUUUAAUGACUGGACGUUGGAUUGUGGACUUUUUUUCAGUUCAAGGAUAAUUUCUACAGCAGAAUAAAAACUGCUAUCAAAGAGCUAUUGCCAACUAUCAGCAGUGGUACAAGGAUGGUUUUGUGUUCAACUGAAACUGGGCUGAAUAUGUGAUUAUGUAGGAAAGCAACAGUUAAUAUGGUUAUAUACUAGAAACAGUACCACACAUUGUAACUAAAUUAUGCUAUGUAUGCCUACACUACCAUUGUAACUUUUGGAUUAAUGAUUAUACUAUUUGCCUUAUUGCUUUUUGAAGUAUGGGUAUUUUAGUGCAUACUUUGUAGACCUCAAAACCUAUGAAGGGUCUCAAAGAAGCUGGCUGGGUAAAAGCCUGCUGUGGAUGCCUUUUUACUCUCCUAGAUUGGGAUUACCUAAAUUCAACCUAUUCUCUGUUUACAAACUCCAACUAGAGCAGCUCUGCGACUUUGUGCCUUUAGACUCUUGGUUUUUCAUUUCUCCACCCCCCCCACUCCCUUUUUAAAGUAACCACAACUUUUCUGAUUGAAAGAGUGAACGGCCAGGGCACAUAAUGACAAACUGCUGGGACCCUCCUGUGGGUGCUGGGGGCCGGGUGGGGCGCUCCGCCGUCAUCAGCUUGCCCCGCGGAGUGUGGUCUGCUGGUGCGUGCUGGCGGGCACAGCGGAGGGAGACCCGUGGUCAGCUCUGGAUGUGCUGUCUGCUAGGGAGGAAGAUGGUGCCACUCUGUUCCCUUAGGUGCUACAGUGGCAUAGCCUCUUCACCCAAGUGUCCUGGAGACUUGGUGUGGAGGUUUCAUCGAACGUGUCUUACAACCCGGAGAAGGAGGCUGAUCAGCUGGGGACAAGAGCACAGAAUCAGUGACAACACACGCUCGGUUUUAAUUCUUAGGAGGGUUUUCUUUUCUUUUUUUUUUAAGCGUGAAGAUUUUCUUUUAAUAUUCAGUGUGGUUUUUUUUUCUUUUCUAUUUUUUUUUUUUUGUUAAUGGAUCUACACUGUUAACUGAUUGAGACUCCACUGUGAUUCACUCGUUUACUUAAUCAAAAACUUUUCAGGGAUGUCUGUAAAAUUCAGUGUUAUAUGUGAUGAAAAGUAGUGUUGGUUGAACUAAGGAGGGACCAGAAAUAAUUUCUACUAUUCCAAAUGCUGAUGGAAAAAAGUAAUUGUUUUUGUUGUUGUUGUUGUUGUUGUUUUAAGUAUUGAUAAGCCCCCAGGACAUUUAACCUUAAAAAUUACUUUAGGUAUAUUCUUUUAUUAUUAUAAGGGAAAUACAAAUGGCUGGUAAAUACCAAAAAGAUUCAAAAGCAGCUUAAUUUAAAAAGCACAAAGAGAUUCUGGUUAGAAAUGCCAAAAUCUCAAUGUUUUUAUAGUUGCUGAGCUCAGUAGUGUGAUUCUUGAGUUUACAGAUUUAGAAACUGUCACUGAAAGGUUAAAGUAUCUGCUGUUUUUAAUGAAGUCAAACUUGUGCUGCCUCAGAAAUCCCUGGGUAUUAAAAUGGUAACAUAGAAGUAAAGAGGUCAGUUUGAUAUGUUGGUGAGUCACAUUCAUUAAAGAAAAGGGCCAGUUUGCAGAUAGUCAUACAAAGAGAAGGUUAUUGAAAUGAUUACUCAACAGCACACUUACUCUAAAAAGUAAUCUCACAUGGGUUGCAUUUUUAAGAUCAGAGUAUGAUAAUUUUGAUCAAAAUUUUAUACCUUAGGUACCUUAGAGCCAGAUUUAACAUCACGCGGCUUUGUCUCUACUACCGACAUGUGGAACUAUCAGCAGAUAUAUUGUUCUCUAAAACAUAACUUUCUCUUGUUGAUUGCAAAAUACAGUUCUAUAAACAAAACCCAUAUAUAUAGAUAAAUGUUAAUUUUAUUGCAGAAGUUUGGAGAUUACAAUGAUAGCAUUUAACUUAAGUUUGAGUCUGUAUUGGAGAAAUAAGCACUAUGCUUUUCAAAUGAUUGGGAAAUCAAUUUUAUUUGCCUCCUUUUUUGACAGUGGUUUGAUUUUUGUUUGUUUGUUUAAGUAAAAAUCACUAAACUUGUGCAAUGGUAGCAUGGAAAUUAUCUGAGGUGUCUUGUAUGAUUGUGCUUUGGCCAGGGUGGACAUAGCUUAAAUUAUAAAAACUAAAGAACAAGGAAGUAUAAGUUCAUGCUGCCUAUUUAGAAGAGAACCCGCAUUCUUCAUAACUAUGUAACAUUAUAAUGUCACUGAUUCAUAAAGGGUUUAAGUUAAUUCUGUGGGGUAGGGCACCCGAAUUAUUAGUGUUCAUUUUCAUCUAAGAGCUUUAUAUCUCUAACGUUCUUGGUCCUAUUGAAACAUUUCAGUAUACAAAAAUACUGCAGUGUUGAUACCCAAGAGAAAAGCCAUCAUAACGUGUAUGCUGGUCACUAUGGUCAGUGUGGUACAGUUUUUUAAAAUAAACUAUCAUGCCCUUCAUGCCAUUAUUUGUCUUUAUUUCUGUAAUUUAUAAUUCAGAUAUAUGAUGUGUUUAGAACAGGAGGGCGUGCACUUGAGCCUGGUUUGCUAUAGAGACAGCGUCAUUUGUGUGCUGUAACUAUGAUGCAGCGGGACCCUGUUACUCUUCUUGGCUCCUGUAUCUGAAGCUACAGUUUAAAGCUGGGAAAAGGGAAUUCCCUGGCGGAAUAGUGGUUAGGACUCUGAGCUUCCCCUGCAGAGGGCCUGGGUUCGAGUCCUGGUCAGGGAACUAAGUUCUGUAAACUGCAAGGCGUGGAGGGGGGAAAAAAAAAAAAGGACCAGGAAUAAGGGAACACAUUUGAAAGUGAAACAGAAAGUCAGUCCCGCAUUGGCUUGAAGAGUCGUAACUGGGAUUUUCUUGGGCUUCACUGAUACAGUUGUUUUACAUUUAUUCAUGACAAUACAGCAGAUUCUUAAAUGCCUGUUUUUAAUUGUCUUGAAUUUUGCUGCUGUUCUCAUCAGUAAGGACUUGAAAAAAUGUUUUAGUCUCUCAAGUCAAGCAUGUAAAGUUCGUGUAUAAACCUUUAAAUAUUCUUUACUAAGUUCACUUUUUCUAUUCACUUACUAAGUCAUU